UUUUUUUAUACACCUUAAAUUUUUUAUUUUUAUUUUUCUCAAAAUAGUGGUGAGACAGAAACACAUGCACGACAUGCAAAGAAAUUAAAGCUGUAAAAAUUACCGAAUUUUUACAGUUACAUUUUUUUUGCUGGGCCCCAACUGUUUCUCAACACAGUAAUAACUCCUUUUGGCCCAAAAAAAUAAAAGUAAAAACUCCUCAAAAAGCCACGUCGCCAAUAGAAUAAUAAAAAAAUAAAAAACAAUUUCAUUUCCCCUUUAUUUAUUUCCGAAAAUAAUUUUAAUAGUUUCCCCAAUUUAAUUUUCCUUUUUUCCUUCUUUUUCCUCAUCAUUAUCGUCGUCGUGUCAAUCAAAAACCCUAAUUCGUUUCGAUUCAGUUUCAGCCUCGCAAUUUCUCUCUCCUCCCAUCUCCAAUUUCCCCAAUUUUCUCUCUCCUAUUUCCGACAAUCAUCCUCUCAACCUUCUGAUCUAUCAAUCGAUCCGUUCAUUUCUUGAUUUUACAUAAAUUCCUAUCCAGGAUCAUAAAUCCACCUGUCGUGUCUUUGCAAGAUGUCAUCGGCUUCCAAAUCUAAGUCAAAGGACAAAAAGGCGGGAAAGGAACAAAAGACUCCUUCGAAGUCCUCUGCAGCUGUAAAUGGGGGUACUGGAAUUCCAGCAAGUGCAUAUAAUCCAUUGCUGGGGACAUUUCAUACUCUUGAGGCAUCAUCUACAUACUUGGCGCCAACACUUCAUGCAAAUGGUCGUUUCCGUAACAUAGAUGAUUCCGAUGAUCAUAGUGGGAGCACUCAUGGAAGUGGAGGUGAUUAUGAUUCUGCUUCCAACAAUGACAGCCGGUCUGUGGAGUCAGAAGAACAUAACAAAGAUAAGGCAUCAAAUGCCGCGACCAAGCAAGAGGUUAUCCCAGGCGCUGAUAAUGACAAGCGUGAGAAGAUACGCCAGAAAAAUGAGAGGAAACAUCAGCGUCAGAAGGAAAGGCGUGCCCAAGAAUUGCAUGAACGCUGCAGUGGCUAUCUUAUGUCCAGAAAACUGGAAGCUCUUGCUCAGCAACUUGUGGCCAUGGGAUUUUCUCAUGAACGGGCAACUAUGGCUCUUAUUUUAAAUGAAGGCCGAGUGGAAGAGGCAGUAGCUUGGCACUUUGAAGGAGGUGAAGAUGCUGAUAAGCAUAAAGAUCAAAAUAUUGAUACAGGGAGCAAUCUGAAGAUUGAUAUAUCUGAAGAGCUUGCUCGGAUUGCAGAAUUGGAAAUAAAGUUCAAAUGCUCAAAGCAAGAUGUAGAAAGAGCCAUAGUGACAUGUGAAGGUGAUUUAGAGAAGGCUGAAGAGAAUUUGAGAUCAUUAAAACAGGAUCAACCAACUGUCUUGCCUAAACCUGAAGAAAUUGGGGAUCCUCCUACUUUUAGUAAUGGUAAGAUAUCUGUAGCAACAAGUCAGAGCAAUGUGAGACUGCUGCAACCAAAACCCAAUUCGGCAACUUUGUUACCCCAGAGAAGGGAUGAAAAAGAUUUUAAUUACACUAAAGCUGCAGUUACAGGAGUACCGGCUCCCAAAUCGGUGCCUAAAGUUGUUCAGCCCAAAUUAGAUUGGCCUAGACCUCAGCAAAUCGCUACACCGGUUGAGAAAAGGUGGCCUAUCGGAGCGGGGUCAAAUCCUUCAGUUUCGUAUUCUUUGGCACCACCGCUACAGGUUUCACCUCCACCGGCCAAGGCAGAGGCACGGUAUACAACUGUUGGUAAUGAAUAUAGGAAUCUUCAGCCAGGGUCAAUCAGAGAGCCUGUAGUAAUGAUGCAGCGGCCUCAGUCUGUAAAUGUCAAACCCGCCCCUGCAACAAGCAUUAGCUCUUCUCCUCCAGGUACAGCGGCUAGUUGGUAUCCCACUAAUUCGGAGAUUUUGAAGCCGAAUGGGUUACUGCCUCAUAGUACUAGAAGCCUUAGUCCAAACAACUUGACAUCGAAUCAAUUUUAUCAUCCUGCUCAAUUUCAGCAGCAACAGCAGCAACAUCAGCAUCAACAUCAGCAUCAAAAUCAACAUCAACUUCAGCCGUUUAUGCCAGGUAGUAGUCCAAUGGAUAAUCCAGGUUCUACACGUAGCAAUGCAUCGUGGACCAGGAUUGGUGGGUCUCCAACCCUUGCUGCUGCUUCUUCCCUGGGGCUUUUUUCCGGGGUGGGUUCAAUCUGCUCAUCUGGGUCAAAUUCUCCGGUGGAUUGGAAUGCUAGUGGCACAAUGCCAUCAUGUGACUACACUAAUAUAGAUUGGAGCUUGGAUCGAAGUUUCGUUCCCUCAAAGCAAAAUGGGAUGUGGAAUGGGUUGGGAUCUUUCUCUAGGAGUGGAGCUCACAUGUACGAUUCAGGAGCUUCUGCCAUGAGUAUGACUAUGAGACCGUCUUCUUCCAAUGGGAAUGGUGUACCUAUUGUUGGGUUGCAGGAUGGUGGAGCGGGUAUGGCUGAUUCAUCAACUGCCAGUUCUCGGGAGUGGACAUCCCCUUUUGAGGGGAAAGAUCUCUUUAGUUUACCUAGACAGUUUGUAUCUUCUCCCUCACUGUAGGGUUGUGCUGGGGGAGAAGUAUCGUGAAUAAAAGUAAACAAAAAGGAAAAAAGAAAAGACCCCCAGAAAAUUGUGCUUGAAUUUCAUAUGUUGGUGUUCGUUCUGAUGUUGCUCUUUGGUGGUUAAUUCUCAGUAAAAGAAAAAAUGGCUUCUAUAUUUUCAUUUUA